AUGGACGUGAUAAUUGGCAACGCCGAUAGUCACUCAUUGGCGCAAGAGAUCUGUGUCACCGAGGUCAAAAGAGAAACCCCGGGGUUUGGCUAUACUCCCAAUGUCGAUAUUCGCCAACCAGAAUCGGCAGACCGGCUGGACCUGGAAUCAAAUGGGAGCACGAUCUCAGCACCCAGCAGCACAAACGCACGAACCUCGGACCAGACGGCCGAGCUAGAAAAGAUGAAAGGAGAUCUUCUUCGGCGGGAGGCUUAUGUUUUAACCCUAAGAUCCCAACUCGAGGAGUUGCGAAUGGAACACGAGGCAAUGCAGGACUGCGCUGGCAGAAACAAAAGCCAGUCCGAGCUGGAGCGGGAAUUUCGUAUCCUUCAAGAAAGGAUUGACGAGAAAAAUAAACUUUUGGGAGUUCCAGCGCAGCCUCAGGCGCCGAGAACAGGCCCGCCUCCCCGGUAUCACCGUCGGGUUUAUGGUGCGCUCUUUUGGGGGAUUUACGAAUCAUGUGCAUUUAUAGGCGAUGAGCAACUCGAUCUGGCUGUCCCUACGCGGCCGGAUGUUAUCCCCAAAUUGGCUGAAAUUUGGGCAGAAAGGGUCUCCGGCCGGAAGCUGGAACAGUUUAUCGCGUAUACAAAGGCGGAAGCCAUACCUACGGAAAUGGCGUUUGCGUGCCUGGUCGGAGCAGCAAUUUUCCAGCUCGUAUUCCAACCAGUCUUUGCAAAUGUAUUCGCGCUCGACCAACCGCUUUUGUAUCAGUUACGACGAUAUAUUUUCACAAAAUGCGGGCCUCAAUUGCUCCAUGAACAUGACCAUGGUGCCCUGAAAUUGCUUAUUAAUACAAAAGAUGCAAACUUCACAACAAAAAUCCUUCCGGAAACGGCCAACUCGAUAGCUGAAUUUAUUGUGAGGGUUUUGCAAAUCUUCCUCUCCCUAGAGGAGAGUGGUGUCGUCUCUAGCAACCUAUCAUCGGAACGCUUCGAGAAUCUCUUGCUUGAUCUGGGAACGCCACUGCAUCAAGCAUUAAAGAUGAAGGUUGAGAUGGACCUUUCUAAGGCUCGAAUAAACUUUGUAUAUUUUAAGCCCGGCUCCGCUUUCAAUUCUGACAAAAUGGAACGAGAUACCACACAACAACUGGCCCCUCUCAUUGGCCACCAACAUGAACAGCAGACGGUAAAGAUAUGCCUGCUUCCAGCGUUGUUUGCUUUGCCGCCAGGAGACUAUAAUGCAGCCAUGGGAGGAACUACGACACAGUAUAGUGCUAACUGCAACAUGUACUUUAAAGAGGCUAGGGUGGAGGAUCCCAAAUAG